CUUCAGAAAGACAUCAUAUCUGUCAGCGAGCCAUAAUCAAACCCAUCACAAAAUGCGUCUUCCUUCGUGCUCUUGCCCUGGCUGACUCCUGUUCAUGUUUAUCUGAAAGAAGACUCACUGUGCUUAAUGAGGCUGCAGAUCUGUUCACCUAACUGGGACUAAGCGCUAUUGAAUAUAUGUAGCCUGCUCCCAAGUAAACACGUAUAAGACUGUCCUGCAAGCCAGGUGUUACUAUUGUGAAACCCAUAGUUUAUGGGAAUGUUGCACGCUAUUUUGGAAAGAAGCGAGAAGAAGAUGGGCAUACACAUCAGUGGACAGUUUAUGUUAAGCCUUACAGAAAUGAGGUUAAGGAUAUAUGCAGCUUCCAAGACCAAAAUGGAUAUGUCUGCCUAUGUAAAGAAAAUUCAGUUUAAGUUACAUGAAAGCUAUGGCAAUCCAUUAAGAGUUGUAACUAAGCCACCAUAUGAAAUCACUGAAACAGGCUGGGGUGAAUUUGAAAUAAUCAUCAAGAUAUUUUUUAUUGAUCCAAAUGAAAGACCUGUUACUCUGUAUCACUUGCUGAAGCUAUUUCAGUCUGACACUAAUGCGAUCCUGGGGAAGAAAACUGUAGUUUCUGAAUUUUAUGAUGAGAUGAUUUUUCAGGAUCCUACUGCAAUGAUGCAGCAACUGCUGACUACAUCUCGUCAGUUAACACUUGGUGCUUAUAAGCAUGAAACGGAGUUUGCCAAUGUCGAAGUGAAAACUAGGGAGAAGUUGGAAGCUGCCAAGAAGAAAACUAGUUUUGAAAUUGCUGAACUUAAAGAGAGACUAAAAGCAAGUCGUGAAACUAUCAACUGCUUGAAAAAUGAAAUCAGAAAACUUGAAGAUGAUGAUCAGUCUAAAGAUAUAUAACAGUAGCAGCUUCUUGAAAGGAACUAAAAAUAAAACUUAUUUUGAUCAUGGGACCCACAACAUGUUCUCUUGGAUUUUGUAUAGGCAGCAACAUAUAAGUGAGUUUCUUUGGGACAUACAGUAUAUGCCAUUUGACUAAUUAACAUGUUUUUUAAAACAUGAUUUUAGUAGUUAAAGAUGUUUUACUUGUUUAGUAGUUAAAGAUGUUUCAUCUUAAUAUUGUUCUUCCCAAGAAAUUCUUCCCAAACUACUGUUGUGGUACCGUGUAGUAUAUUAUGAAGAUGUUCAUAGAAUAGUUUAUUGAAGUUUUAAGUUAAACCUUGCCACAUAAUUGAUGUUAGAUGUUUUAGUAAGAUAAUACUUGCUCACUUCAUGAAAUGAGUGUCCAUUGUUCUAGACAGGAGGCAAGAAUUUUCUGGCAUAAAUAGGUAAAGUAUGUCUGUCUGCUUCCAGAACUGUAAGCAUCAUCAGAAAGCUGCUGCUGGUGAACUGGUUGUAAAUCAAGCAGAAUUACUGGUUGAUUUAUAUAAGUUAGGUUGACAAAUGAUAACAUUGCUGGUUGGAAACAGUAGUUUUCAGCUUUUUGGUUCAACUUCCAUGAAUAAAAGUACUGUAAGAAAAACUAAUACUUAUAGUUCCAUAUUGUGUUGCUUACAUUUUCCAUGCAUCUUGUAUUUUUUCUUCAGUACUAGAGCAGGAUGUGAUUAUGUAGGAAUAAUGUUUAGUGUUUUGUUUUGUUUUUAAAUGGUGGAUUAUAAACAUAAGAUUAAGUCAGCUUGGUAACAUGUAGUCCGGCUCGAACAUACCAUUGUUUAGUACCUUUUUAAUAAAAUAAUAAGAACCAC